AAAAAUGCUCCAGAAAACAAUAAAUGGUCAAAAACUAUUUAAUCCGUGAUCUACAUAAUUCUCCGUUUUCCAUGCCUUACUGCGAAAAAUUCACAUGCACAGUCAGUCGCACAAAAAAAUCGAAACGAAGCGAUUGAUUCUUGCACAAGAACCGACUUAUACGACGACAAUUGAAAGAAAAUUCAAGUGUGAAAAAUGUCUAUGCAUGCAAAAGUUAAGUGGACCAAAAGCAUCGCAUUGCGUAUAGAUAUUGCAUAUUGAAAAUGGAAUUUUUUCAAUCGCUAAAUAAUCGUGUAUGUUCUAUCUACAAAUUUGAAUUUAGUACAAUUGAAAAUCGGCACAACAAUAGUUAAAGAAUUUAAUGUGGUAUAUUUUUUAUAUUAAAUCUCUAAUGUUGAGGCUAUGAACGACUUUCUCAUAGGCAAAGUGUAAAUAAUUUACGUAAAAAACAUUAUAUAAUUUAUAGCAAGUAAAAGCAUAGAUGCUCUCAUACUUCCUAUUCGCUUUUUGAGUUGUAUUGCAGUCAUAUUUCCGUCCUGGACUUACGUAAAACGUUCGGAGGCAGUCUGAGUUUUGAGAAAGGAAAAAUUAUAUUGAUAUAAACUAAAAAUUUAAUUUCACCCGCAUAACGUAGUAUGUGCAGAUGCAUAUUAUUUAAAAAAAUUACGAGUGCCUAACAAAAUGCGAGUUCAAGAUAAAAGGUUUAAAACUCAAUAAAAAAACAUGGAACUUUGAAUGUGAAAUAAUUUACAAUUAUUCAUUCUAUUAUAAUAAACUACUACACAUAAAAAAUUAAAAAAAAAAGAAUAACUAAUUUCUACCCCCAAUAUCCUUUCUGAUUUGGCCCCGUACUAUAAAAUAUCUACAACGACAGUUAAGUUGAAUUAUAUAAAAAUUUUGUGGAUAUACGGAUUUUCAUAUUUAGGCGCUGUUCGUAUAAGUUCGUUCGCAGUUCGCAGUUCGUUUCGCUUCUAAAACGCUUCGUAUUCUUCUUUCGGCUAUACGUGUAACCCAGAGUUUCGCAGUUACCUUUCGUUUUCAUCUGUCGGUUGUAGUUGCCUUUGUUAGGUUCAUCAGUACUUUGGUGAUUUACACAUCUUGUUCUUAAAGUGAGCAUAUCUCCAUUUUUAUUGAGUUCCUUUCAAAAUGAGCUGAACACUUCGGUAUUGGAUCACAAAAAUUUCAUUUGGUAAGUUGUGGUGCGGGAAAGUGCAUUGGAAUAAACUGAGAUGAAUCGAGUUGAGUAACGAAAAUGAAAAAGCAAUGUGGGCAAAACUCGGGUAUCGAUGAGAAAAAUAAUUGUGUUUCCUUGUGCAUCGAGUCUCAGUGAGUUAAAUUUAUGCCAAGUUUCUCGGGUUUUUGCUACAAUAAUUGAAGAGAAAAAAAAAACGCUCUCCCGACCCUUACAAAAGUAUAGUUAAAACCAAUUGGAAAUAAAAAUGGAUAAAUGCGCGUGCCAAAGAGAAAACGUUACUACCACACUCGUCUAUACUAACUAUAAAUGUUUUAAAUAAAAGUCUAAAGAAGACAUUUAGCGUUUCAUUUGUCCCCAUCAAUGUGUAAAUUUCAAUUGGAAAAGAACAUCUAACAUUUUCGUGCGAUUUAGGCAUUUCGAGUGAUCAAAGUAUAAUAAAAUAAUGAGUUUCCACAAAAUUCAAACGAAAAUGAAGUUUGUCAGUAUUGAAUAUAAUAUGUAGUUUCAAGGUUAAUCGCGUUUACAAGAGAACUACACAUAAGUAUGAGCACACUACGACUGCUCGAACUGCUUGUGGGAAUAUGCCGACACAAUUCCGUCUCUCGUUUAGCACAACUCAUUCUUAAUUGCCUGCAGUUUCUAAUUUUGGGUACUUAUCGAUCGAAUAUUCUUAACAGUUUUUGUUAGUGUCAAUGUUAAUGCAACAUAUCAUCGUCAACACUUAAAAUUUCGCACCUACAAUUUUGGAUUUCGAGUAACGACAACAAUUAACACAUAUACACCGAAUGACAUAUUUGCAUAAAAGUGCCGAUUAACGGUAUGCUGAGCGCUGCUGAAACCGCAAAUAAAAUUUUAUGCUGUAUAUGCUGGGAGUUGAAAAUAACAGUUUUGGUUACAGCCAUCCUCCUAAAAGAGGUCUCACACGAUUGGACUACGGCUAUUAAUAACUAUUAAUUUUAUGAAUAGUUCAAUUAACAUAUAUACUUAUGUUUGUAUGUAUAUCGCGUAUAUAGCCGUGUAAAAUAUUCGUAUAAUAGGCGAAGUUGUAACCAUCUGUUCCAGAGUACUAUCACCAAUAAAACUAAGAAAAUAUGAUGGGGCCAUGAGCCCGUCAUUAUUUGUAUUAAAUCCGAGUCGCAAGCGCGUCUCAAGCGGGCCUGCACCAUGCUAGCACCGCCGAACCCGAGGUCAAUAUGCGGCCAGGACCCGGGCUGGUCGUGAUGGCGCUUGCGUUUAUUUCGGGGGCUCGGCGUGGCAGCACCAGCACCAGUUCCAAAUCAUCAUCAUCGGCCACAUCAUCAUCAUCACCACCGGCUUUUUUCACCUCUACCGCAUCCGAUAAUGAUCUUGAACCUCUGACACCUUCUCUGCUGUUUCCAGCCUUCCUCGGUGGAGGCGGUGUGCUAAUAUCAGCUAAUUCACCAUCAUUAUCUAAUCAUCCUCUACAAGAUUCGGAAGGUGAAAAUCGCAAAGAGGAGUAUAAUUACAUAUACAAUAGCCACUUAAACUUGCUCCCACUUGCAUCGGCAAGUGAUAGAUCAAUCCAAAGCGAUCAGCACCUUCGGUUGGAAACUCUAUCUGGCUUAAAAUCGUCUUCCCGUGCAACUAGACAAACGAGAAUAAUACGAAGUUUAAAAAUAGGUAAAAGAAAACUAAACGAAAACAGACACGAAACCGAAGUCAAACGCGGGCGCGAUCGGGAAAGUGACAGCGUGGGUAAUUCGGAAAGUGUGAUUGAUUCUGAAAGUGGUAGCGGCAGUGGAUUAUACGAUGUUGAUGACAUCAUCUCAAAUGUGGAAGCGAAAACUAGCGCCAGUCUUUUAAUUGAUGAUACCGCCGUCAAUAUUAAUACUGAAAAAAUUUCCCUACGAUAUCCUACAAAUUCUGCGGAUACAUCACAAUCUUUGGACGAGGAUGAUAUCUUAGCGUUGGUCGCCGAGGAUGAUCUUCUAUCGGAAGAAUCAUUUGAUCGACUCACGAAAUUCACAGAUGACAAAAUUGGUUAUGUCAUUAUUGAUGAUUAUGAUGUCGUAAAUGAGGACACAACUAGUGGUGUGAGUGAGGGCUUUUUAACUAAUGCUCCUGAAAAGAAACUACAAAAACCGCGGGACGUCAAAUACUUUAAAAAUGAGAAUAGUGCUGGCAGUGAAAAUGGUACAGAAGAUCACUAUAAUUUUCAAAAUGAACAAGAACAUGGAAAUGAAAAAGAAAAAACUAAUGUAAAAGAAAAUGCAAUCCUUAAUAUAAGCGGAAAAAAUUUCGUGGUAAACAAAGAAAACAAGCAAAAUAAUUUACCCGUGAUUGUCGAUACUUCGUUUGCGGCCGCGUUUAGUGAAAAUGGCUUGAGUCACACCAUUGCGACGGAUAAUGAGAGCAAUACUCGAAAUAUCAAUUGGUCAAUAUUCGAAAGCGAGUCACCACUGACUCGACUAAAUCCCUGGAUAUCUGCCUGUGACCUAGCACAACCUGGUACGGCACCAGAUUUACAGGGUCAAUGCUCUGCUGGUACAUUACCAGUAGCAUGGGUUGAUGAGGGUCCCGGCCCUCCAACUUGCCCAAUUUCGUGUGAAAAAUUAAAGAUGAGUACAGUGACGAAAUUGAAAACUAAAUCGUAUAAUAAUAACAGUAAUCUAAUGAAUAAUUAUAAAGUAAAUAUUAAGACACCUAUUGGUAACCUUAAGGAUACCGCAACAAUAAUGAAAGUUCGUCGCGACUUAAAUAAAUGGAAUAGCAACGACAGCAAUCAAACUUCUUAUGGUGACGAAAUGUCGAUUAGCACAAAAAUAUUGAAACAGUCCGAAAAGCAAAUGCUCUCUACUUCACCUAUUCAAGCAAGUUCGUUUCAAGAUCAGCCACCCGAUUUCCGCAAACGAGAGAAUCAGGCUAACAAGAAUUUUGUGAAAAGUAAUACAAAUGAGGGCGAAACUCGAGCAUCAUUUGAAUAUCCCGACCAUAACCCAGUUGGAUUAAAAUACAAAAAAAAUGCUGCCCUUGUAUUCAACAACAAAGAAAAGAAAGAAUAUUUCGAUUACAGAGAGCAACAACAGCAACAGAAGGAACAACAGUGCCUUGAUUACUUGGGCGAUACAGAGGAAACAAGUCCGGCUCACUUGUGUACAUUCAAAUCGCCCGGCGAAUUGGCGGAUCGACUGCGUUCACUACGUUUACGGCAUUGUUGUGAGCGCAAUGUCUUUAGCGCCCUACACACACUCGCUUUAAAUGCCACCCUAAGUGGUGGAGUAGAAUGCGUUCGCACUCUCAUGGAUGUUAUGGACUUAGAUCUAUUGGCUACUCGCAUCACUUGUGAACUAGCGGAAAUUCUUUUUCGCUUCGAUUGCCGUCAAGUGUAUUCAUUAAUUCACCAAUGUGAGGAUUGUAAAGAGUCUUACCGGCGUUGGGUAUGUAGCACAUUGGUACCGUAUUUUGCUGAAGAAGGUGACAUUUCUGUAUCCCCAAGUUAUAACAAUAAUCGAAACAGCAGCAAAAGUAACAGAGUGAACAAAGAAAAUAGUAAUCAAACUUUAGUUAAGGACAUUACUACAAAUAAAACUAGUUUAUUGCUUCCUAACCUAAAUUACCAGAAUGAAUUGAAAGACUUUGCAAAUUCAAAUAGGGGUUCAGCACAACGAACCAAACGCCAAAUGAACCAAAAUCUGGCAUUUUUAAAUACAUCUUCGAUUGACAACAAUAUAGUUGCACCUAUUAGAAACCUCACGUCUACGGUUUGGAAACGGAGUAAACGAAAUAUGGAUGACGAAUGCAACCGGCACCAACAUCAACCGCAACAGGGGCAACAAAUGCGUUCACAACAACUUAAACAAUCCAAUAUCUUCAUAUCGACUGCCAUUAAUGCGGAUCCAUAUAAUGAGGAUCCAGUGAUAUCAAAAAUAAUUAAACGAUCUAAACGAAAGGUGAUAUUCCGAAAGCGUAGAAGAAUACGACCCUGCCUAAGUGUCUGCCAAACGGUAGAGCAGAAGUGCCCAUAUCUGCUCCCAGCUGAUCGAGCUCCAGCGCUGCCUACACAAUACGCCGGCGAACCAACAUUUCUUUGUUUGGAUCAGAGCAUACCAGAAACUGGUGAACAAUUGCGUAAAUCAAGCUAUGGGCCUGCCGAAUGCUGUUAUAGCUACUGUAAUAACAUCGCAGAUGGAAUUUGUGCCUCCUGCAAUGAGUUCAUACAAGAUAAAGAGAAUUUUUCUCCGAUUGUAAGUUCAACGCCACGUUUACACAAUAUCACGCUAACAGCUACUGGCCAGUAUCGUUUGGAUGCCCGUUUGGAAGCAACCUUGGCGAAAGACUCGACGAAUAAAAUGGCUGCCAGCAUAUCAAUUGCACUAAAAAAUAGAACAGCAACAGCCGUUAGUGGCCAAAUCGAUCGUUUACAAUAUUAUGCCCUCUAUGAUGGCAUCUAUUACUACGACGAGAACACGGCCGAUAUGCCAGAAGCCGCGAUCUCGGACGAUUGCCCACCAGUACCGUCGGUGACAAGUCGCUGUUCUAUACCGUACUACGCCUCAUCGGCGGUGGCCAUCCGCUUACAACAAAAAACAGUACCAAAAGAUGUAAGUGGCCACCACAUGCUGUUAUUGCUCAGCGCAAUGCUGUGUUUGCUGACGAGUCAAACUGCCGCAAUUCAGUUAAAAAGUCAGACACACCCGAAUCAAAAGCUGCGUAAAUACAUACUGCAGAGUUCAAAGCAUUUUUAUGUCAGACAUUCCCCAUCUAGGGUGAGGUACAAACUUUCUUCAGCUAUAUUUGCAACAAAUGAAUUCAUUUACUUGGCUGAUCAUUCUGCCAUAAAACAAGAAAUUCAAAAAAUAGCCUGGACCGUCAGUUCGUUGGAAAACUUCACAGAACCCACCAUACUCUAUAUUAGUAGUGAUAUUUACGAAAUCAAUACGAGUAGCAUCAGUCGUAGCGUCCAUGAAUGUGGCAGAUUAAUACAUUGUUGCAUUGAGAAAAACCGCAAAAGUGGUAAUACUAAGUGUAAAAGUUCAAAAGUAAUCAAGCAAAGAAGUCAAGAAUUAAGUGGACAUCAAAAUCGAAAUAGAUUAGUAAGCGUAAAUAAAACUACAAAUGGUAAAUGGAAUGGGAAGAAAACAGCGUUCAGUACAGAAUAUGGUAUAUUAAAUCGAUUAAAUGAGAAUUACAUUCGUAGUACUAAGUACAGGGGCUAUGUAAGGUAUAAUUAUGUUCAGAUGAAUAUAGGAAAUAAUAAUAAAAUUACAUAUAGAUUAAAUAGCCAAUUGUAUUUUAAUAGUAAUACUAAAAUCUAUCGUAGGAAAAAGAGUAGUAAAAUUAGAAAUUUUAAUAUCGCUACCAUGACAGACUAUACUAAAUAUCAUAAAAAUGAUGUAAUUGAAAUAACAACAUCAAAUUUAAAUAAUUAUCUAAAAACAAAAGAAAACUUAAUUUAUUGCAAUUACACAAACAAUUGUAAGUCUAAUAAUAAGGAUAGCAUUGACAGAUUUUAUUUUAAUAAUGCAGAAAAAAAUUAUCAGAUCAUUUACUACUAUAAUUUCAAUAUUAAUGAUUGGUGGCGGCGAUGGUGGCGGUCCCCAUGGACAUGGUCUACUCUGCGACAACCCCUUGUCAUAUUAUAGUUCCCCGUGCUGCCUUUUCAAAUAACAGCGUUUGAUGUCUCUGUACUCGCAAGAUUUUCAUUUCAUGCUACUUUUCAUAAAACUCUUCACUAGUUUUUACAUUUUCCACGUAAAUGUGAACAGCUUGUCACAAUUCUGACUUUGUUCUUUAAGCUCAAGUUUUCAAAGCACUAUGAGUUUUGGCUGAAAAAGUAGUUGUCAGAAGUCUUGAUGGUUGCCUACAAUACUAUUAGGAACAAGGAAGACAUUGAAAAUAUGAAAUACUUCGUCUUACUACUGGCGUUUAUACACAUACCUACAUAUUCGCUGCAUGUAUACAUGAAAUGAAUUUCCCUAGUAUAUGUUUAUUGUUUCUGCCCAUUUAUCAAACGAUUUGUUUUUGCCAUACCGUGUUGUAGUUUUGAAAAGUUGUAAACUACUUCUUAACUAGUAGAAAUCAUAAUCCUAGCCAGUCAGCUCACUUUUUCGCCAUACAAGUACUUAUAUAAAGAUACAAAUUUGUAAAAUCAAUAGCUUUGUAAUUGAUUAAGCCACUUAUUUUUCGGAUAAGUUCGAUUCCGUCUUCACUGUACAACUCCUAUUGCAAAAUCUUAGUGUCAAAUUCAAACAAUAAAUUGUAAUCAAAUAUGCAAUUAUAAUA